CUUCGCGCUCCCACUCCACAUCAACGCGCGCUAACACCAAUAAAUCUAGUAAAUUCCCUUGAUCUCCUCACACGAAAACCCCUCCGCCAUCAUGACUUCUACGAUCGGUAUACCGAUUAAGUUGUUGAACGAGGCCGCCGGCCACAUCAUCACCCUCGAAAUUACGUCCGGCGAAUUAUACCGUGGCAAGCUACUCGAAGCUGAGGACAACAUGAAUGUCCAACUCAAGGACAUCACGGUCACGGCGCGCGACGGGCGAGUCUCACAUCUGGAGCAAGUGUAUAUUCGGGGAUCACAUGUGCGGUACUUCAUUGUGCCUGAUAUGCUUAGGAAUGCGCCGAUGUUCCGAUCGCGUGGUACGAGGGGUCGCGGUGUUGGCUUGGCACGAGGAAGGGCUACGGUCAAUAGGGCAAGGGGCGUAAGGGGAGGACGCUGAGGGGGAAGGGUGCAUAGCUUGAAUUUUGGAGGGAAUGAAAUUGGCCGCCGACAUAGCGGUAUGGGCUCAGCUCCCUGGUGUGGCGGAGGGCACUGCAUGAAGGCCAGAACUAGACCCAAAUUUGCUGGUCUGGUCGAGAAUAUCAGGAUUCGGGCACGAAUAGGCAAAGCUUCAAAUACCCUCGAAGACGCUUCUUGAGAAGCAGGAAAAUAAGAAGAAAUCUGC